GACGUUUGAAUGAGAAAAUAACUAAAAAACAUAUCGCUUCCAUAAAAAAUUAUUUCCACGGCAUCAUUUGUUUUUAAAAGCACCGUAAAUUAGAUUUAUUUGAUGUUGUCCCAAAUUGUGUUACAUCGCGAAUUAAACUUUAACCAGCAUUUUUUGUAUCCGAGUUACCUUUCAAUUGUGAUUUAAUUGAUGCGCAUCUAUUUUUCUCAAUGUAAUUUCAUGCAUCACCCGUUUUGCUGAUGAUCUUCGCAAGUCGUUUUGAUUGAUUCGGAGGAGAUUUAAUAAGUUAUAAGCUUGCCAUAAUUUGAUUUUCCUAAUUCUCUCUCUCUCUCUCUCUCUCUCAGAAUCUUUGUUUCUUUUUCUCAUUCUCUUGUUUCACUGUAUCCGCGACUGUAUUUCUGUCGAGAUGAAUAACGUUUCUAUAUAUCUGAUCGCAGAUUGCCUGCAUUAUUUUGACAGCAGUUUUGAAAAAUACUUUUUCCUCCCAGAAAACUUAGACUAUUCAGAACUAGAAGACCCCUCCAUUUUGUUCAUACCUGAAAGCGCAAGCUCACAUUUGAGCGAAUGUGAACACUUUUUCGAAGUCUAUAAUUCAGUUGGCGAUUAUUUGAGACUUGUCAUGUGCAUUAUUGUUGUUUUGGGGCUACUUUUGAACUUGUUUGUGCUGCUGGUGUUAGUUGUUGACAACACCAAGACCUCUUCUGACGUUUAUCUGAUGAGUAUUUCGCUGGGCGAUAUUUCAAUUUGUCUGGGGGUCCUCUUCUCACAGAGACAGUUUUUCAGUGACAGCUUCACAGCCGUCCUUGGAAAAAUUUUCGGCAGCUUAGGGAUGUUUGCGUGUCUGACCACAGUCAUGGCCCUGACAGUGGAGAGGUAUUGUGCAAUCAAGGAGCCAUUGUGGACUCUGCAAGCAUGCAGCAAGAAGCGAAGUCGCAACAUCUGCAUUGUCACGUGGUCUGUUCUACUCGUGUACUGCAGUGCAACUUCGUGUCUCACCAUCAAACUGCCCAUCAAUGGCGAGAUCGAGUUGCACGUGACUCGGCAACUAGUCGUGUUCUACAUGAGCUUCGUCCUGUUCUACUUCGUGCCGGUUGUCGUCUCAACUGUACUGUACGCCCUCAUACUCAGAAUAGUUCAGAAACGGGAGCAGAACCUGCAACGACUCGGACAGCCUUUCGGGGACACCACAACCGCCGCCGCCGCCAACACUAAUCAUGACAACGACAACAGAUGCUCUACGGGACAACGAUCUGCACCGGACAAUACCCCACAAACAGUCUCGUGCGGAAACCCGGGCGGCAGUAGGAAAAACUACCCGGAUUACGGGAAUAAAAAGGACAGCGGUGUCAGCGGAUGUCCCGCAGGCAUGAGUGCUGCGGCCGGAUCUAGUCACGGGGCGAGCUCGUCUCGACCGACACAAACGCAGACGGGCUCCGCCGUGAACAACCAUGACGAAGAUGUUUGCCGUGGUGUUGGGCUCCUUCGUCGUUCUUAUGUCCCCCCACCGCUGGCUGAUGUUCUGGGUUGGGGUGAAGUUCCACGUGAUCGACGAAGAGGCAACUCCAAAUCAGGGAUGGGCACUAAUCAAUCAGACUUUGGUGACAGGCGUGUGUUCUAUUGUCUACAUGUGCAACAGUAUCGUUAACCCUCUCGUAUACAAUAUCAUGGCAAAGCGUUUCAGACAGAAGGUGAUGACUUUAUUGGCCAAAAUUCGAGCCUAUGUGAGACCACGAGACACUUUCGAGACGUCGCUCGCUCGGACCCAGAAAGCCGAACUAGGGUCCAAAUUGUCGUCCCGAUCAGCUGUGACUAGUCAAAAUAGCCAAAGUCGAAAUAAACAAAACCAACCACACAAGAUGUCCACCUCCAGUAGGAAGUUUUCCACAAAUAUCAGCGUCCUCUAAACCAAUCGAUAAGAAGGAACUUUUAUCAAUGUUAUCAUAACGCCAUACUUGCAUGUGUGACCACAAACUAUCGACAUAUGAGCUAAGUGUUAACUGCAUGAAUCGUUUCAACAUUCCGGCAUCGAACAAAAAAAAUCUAUUAUUUUGUUAUAAGGAACUAUCAAAAAUCUUUUCAAACAACAUUGGAUAAAGCUCCUGGAGGCUCGCGCUAUUACUCCUUACUUGUGAGUUUCCGGCAAUAACUUGGGAGCAGCAGAUUUCAUGAUUUGUUCGAACUCAAAUGUGUUUUAAAUGUCUUAAGUUUUUGAUAAACAAACUAUUGCAAGCUGAUUAUGUUUUUUGUUUUCUGUAGUAGAUAUAUACAUUAUU